GUUCAUUUCCAGUUGAGUCGCUCGAGAGUCCCUCUUUUCAGAAACACCAGAAACUGGAGACAAUGAAUAUUGGCCCUGGCAAGAACAACCAAACACAGGCAACCGGUAACUAUCCGCGCAAUUACCUACCCAGGUGCCUUAAUAUGAGAGAAAAAGAGAUGAGCCCAUCCUUAAGCCCACCACUUUCAUAAGCUCGCCAAUUCCUCCACAUUCACCUGCAAUUCAGUCACGACACAACAAACAAGAUGGAAACAGCCACACCCGUCCUCCGCCUUUUUGGGUCAAGCUCCCUCGCAACUCCCGCCACGGGCGGCCAAUUCGCCUGCAACCCAGCCAUCGACCUAACAGCAACCGUCGGCGAGGACAAUGCUACGUUGUACGUGUGGCGCGCCAACGACCAGCUCGUGUGGAAGCACGCUGAGCGGGGGAAGAAGGUGGAGGGGAUUUGUUGGAAGGAGGAUGGCCAGUUCCUCGCCUCGGGAUGGAGCGACGGGGUGGUCAGGCUGAUGGGUCUGGAGAGCAGCAAGCCCGUGCAUCAUAUCCGGGUUUGCGAUGCAGACUCUCUCUCCUCUGGUGGGGCCGGGGGGACCGCACCGGCCAAGAUUGAGUUCAUCGCUUGGUCAAAAAACGUCACGGGUGAGAGUAGGAGGAGAGGACGGAAAGGAGGGCCGAGGAGGGCCGAGAGGGAAAUCCUACUGGAUGCAGAACGGAUGGGAGACGUGGCGCUCGACUUGCCACAUGAGCUGACCUUUCUCGAGGUUGAGACGGCGCUGCCGAAGCUAAGUCCGCUCCCUGUUUUGGGCGGAUCGGGAGACGACAUGUUCCUGUUUUCGACGACUGCGUCACUAGACUUUGUAUUUCGGCCGUGCAAGGCCGAGGACGCCGACGACGUGCAUAUCCUGAUCGUUGGCACCGCCGAUGGUGGCAUCCAUCUCAGCAUCUAUGACUCGUUUGUCAUUGGGAGGUUCAAGCACUCGCCCAGAACGGCGAGGGCCGAUCCGGGCUCCGGUGUUUUUCAGCUGUGUGGCCAUGGUUCACACCCCGAAAUAUCUACACAUAUGCUUCUGCUUCGGCCGCAUCAAGGUGACGGGACCGCGUUAUACCUUGUGCCUAUGGAUCUCACUUUUGUGCACCGCUCUCCCGUCAAUCUGUCUUUGCUGGCGUCGAAGACGACGACGCUGCAGAAUUUGCUGCGCUACUUGAAGCAAACGCAGUCACACAUGAUUGGCGAGUGGAAGUCCACAAGGGAACUGCCGUCAAGGUUUUUACUCGGGGUCCAGGAUGACCUCAAGAAAAUGCCCAACGGGGCUUUGACAAUAGUCCAGGCCUUGUACCAUACUGUUGCGACCGGCCAUGUCUUACCCCCUGUGAAGGAAUGGCUCGUGGAUACUCUUGCUGAGCGGGGACUUAAACGAUGGGAAAAGGCCGUGAUAACCGGACUGGUUAAUCUUCGAGGCUUGGUUCAUGAGAAUUUUAUCCCGGCGCUAGAGAGAUGCGGCAUCAUCCUUAGUCGUCUGCUUGGGAUUGCUCGCUUCCAUCGCUCAGAGGAGAGUAUUGGGUUCAGCGAGGCUCAGAUAAGCAAGCUUGCAGAGAUCAUCUCAUGCUUAUUGAUGGUUGCUCACAAGGUCUUGCUCAUAGUCAUGGACGAGUUGGAACAAUUCACGGUAUUCUCGGUAUGGCUGCGGAUGGAAAUCGACAAGCAGGCGUCGUCGUCAAUCACAGACGAGCUGUCGGAGAAAGAGGCUACGAUGGACUAUGCGAAGGUACUAUCAUAUAUCCAGAACUACUUGGUCAGCAGUCCUCUAGCGACAUACUUUGGCGAGCUCGAUAAAGAGCAGCAUAUUAAGGACAAAGAACAUAUCGAACAGGCGCCCUCCCUCCCAGACAUUCUCGGCGCGGAGUUGCAGAAACAGGAAGCCGGUCAGCCUUACAUGGCCGCACUACCUAGAGUCGAAUUUCUACUCGACUAUUUGACCUCCAGGGCUAGCAUUGUGUUCAAGGGCAUCGCUAGGGCAGAGGAGCAAGGUGUCCGGUUCGGCCAAGCUGCCGAAUUGUCCAUUGGGAAGAAGAUUUGGAAGCACGAUAUCUGGGUGAGCAGGCCGAAGAAGAACAGUGAUUCUGCUGCGGUAUAUACAGCAAUGGUCCCUGAAACGGACAAGUCUAAAAUCUAUCUCAUCCGCGCGGACAUCCCACUGCAUGACGGCGUUAGCGGGCCAGCCUCGAUGACUGCCAGCGGACUCUCGCUACCAGACAGUGCAACCAUUGUCGACUUUAAAUUCCUAAACGACGACUCUCUGCUAUUGCUGUGCAGUCAACCAAAAGAAGCAAAGCCAAGCCUACUACAUAUUGCCUAUCAGGCGCGGUAUCAAGAAUACAAGGAGGGAAAUUGUCCUCCCGUGAUUGAAGUCAGCAGGGGGGCCAACAAUAGAAACAUUUCUUGGUUCGACUUCUCCAAUAUUUCGGGCUUCACCCCGGUCCAGAUGGAGGUCCAGAGGGCUAAUAGCUUAAGGGGUGAGAUUCCCGCCAGAGUCUGUCUGUUGGGGCGAGACAAGGCCGUGUACAAGACGUACGCACUUCCAGAAGACUUAGCAUCGGGUGUACAUGCUAGAGGGUAGAACAUCUUGAACUGUUGUUGUUCUAGCGAUACGAGGGAGGGUCAAGCGGUUGAAGAUGGGUUAGCAGGAGCUUACAGUAACUGUCAGUCAGACUCGAAUGCUCAACUAGUGUAAAACCACUGGGUCUGUAAUAUUAGAGAAUAGAAAGGAUUGACGAG